UAAGGGUUAUAAGAACAACGAAAAACAAGCAGAUUAUAAGAAAGCCAGAAAGAAGAUGAGCACAAACGCAGCCCUCUUGGCAUGCCUUCUCCAAGUAGUCUUUAUUUUUCCUGCUGUAAUGGGUCAACUUCUCGUUGGAUUCUACAAUUCUGUCUGCCCACGAGCUGAAUCAAUCAUCCGAGAAGUGGUUCAAAAUCAAUCGAAAACCAACCCAUUUGUAACUGCUGGUUUACUUCGUAUGCAUUUUCAUGAUUGCUUUGUUAGGGGCUGUGAUGCUUCUAUCCUCAUAGACCCAACAAAGAACAAGCCAUCGGAAAAAUCUGCAGGGCCAAACCUAUCAGUACGAGGAUACGAAGUCAUCGACGAUGCUAAGAAAAGGCUAGAAGUUGCAUGCCCUAACAAAGUUUCCUGUGCAGAUAUCAUAGCUCUAGCAACCCGAGAUGCAGUGACUCUCGCCGGUGGACCGAACUAUUCUGUUCCGACCGGCAGGCGAGAUGGAUUAGUAUCGAACCCAAAUGACGUAAAUCUGCCCGGUCCAUCAUCCUCUGUCUCAGACGCGUUGCAAGCUUUUAUAAACAAAGGAAUGACGCUAAACGACAUGACAACUCUCCUGGGUGCACACACAGUUGGAGUAGCUCACUGUCAAUUCUUUCAAGACCGGCUUUUUGAUUUUCAAGGGAGUGGUAGUCCUGAUCCUUCCAUGGAUGCUGCUUUGGUUACCAAGCUCCAAAAGCUAUGCGGAACUCAGUCUAAGCCAUUGGAUAGCGAUCCGGCAGCGUUUUUGGAUCAAAAUACGUCUUUUGUGUUUGAUAACCAGUUUUAUAAUCAGAUUAUUCAGAAGAAAGGUAUAUUGCAGAUUGAUCAGGAGCUUACUUCGGAUAGUAGAACGAGUGGUAUAGUUUCUGGUUUUGCAUUCAGUGGAACGGGAUUCACUCAAAGUUUUGCGUCUGCUAUUGUGAAGAUGGGGAGCAUUGAAGUUCUUGCUGGAAAUGCUGGAGAAAUUAGGAAGAAUUGUAGAGUUUUUAAUACACGCAGGGCAUAGAAACCCAGAGGAUAUGAUGAUUUACUCUUUUUUUUUAUUUUUUAUUUUUUUUUCUGUUUUGAUUGGAGAAAAAGAAGACAUAUAUAU